GCUGCUGUUUCACAAGAUCUGGGCACAGAGCUGCCCCUCCCUUCCUCCCUGAAGUUUGCAUGAAGUGCACGUUAGGCUGUAAUUAGGGGAUCUGGGAGGAGAACUUUCCUGGUGACGCUUUGCUUUUCUUCUGCUCUUGGUGAGAAAGUGCCUCCUUCUUCCCAGGACCAGGACCUCUGCCAUCCAGCGCCACAAAGAGACAUUCUGCGCGCGCGCACACACACACACUCAAACACACACACACACAAACACACACACACACUUGCCCAGAGACAAACUUAAGGUGAGGAGAAAGAGCGCUAGCUUCACUUGAUCUCCAGGCUCCAACCUCAGCAGGACUUGAGAGCAUCUGAACUUCUGGAUUUCAGGACAAGUGAAGAAGAUGCCUUGGGUUAUAAAGAUGAGGAGUCUACUUCUUCCGGUGCUGAUUUCGAUCUGCUGGGCCGAUCACCAUCCAGACAACUACACUCUAGAUCACGACAGAGUUAUUCACAUCCAAGCAGAAAAUGGCCCCCGUCUACUCGUGGAAGCAGAACAAGCCAGGGUGGUCUCAUAUAGAGGUGGCAAUGUGACACUGCCAUGUAAAUUUUAUCGAGAUCCUACAGCAUUUGGCUCAGGAACCCACAAGAUCCGAAUUAAGUGGACCAAGCUAACUUCAGAUUACCUCAAGGAAGUGGACGUUUUUGUUUCCAUGGGAUAUCACAAGAAAGCCUACGGAGACUACCAGGGUAGAGUGUUUCUGAAGGGAGGCAGUGAUAAUGAUGCGUCUCUGGUGAUCGCAGACCUCACCCUGGAUGAUUAUGGGAAAUACAAGUGUGAGGUGAUUGAAGGAUUGGAAGAUGAUACUGCUAUGGUAACAUUAGAUUUGCAAGGUGUGGUAUUCCCUUACUUUCCAAGACUUGGGCGCUACAAUCUCAAUUUCCACGAGGCACAGCAGGCUUGUCUGGACCAGGAUGCUGUGAUUGCCUCCUUCGACCAGCUGUACGAUGCCUGGCGGAGCGGGCUGGACUGGUGCAAUGCCGGCUGGCUCAAUGACGGGUCUGUGCAGUAUCCCAUCACAAAGCCCAGAGAGCCUUGCGGAGGCCAGAACACGGUGCCCGGUGUCAGGAACUACGGGUUUUGGGAUAAAGAAAAAAGCAGAUAUGAUGUUUUCUGUUUUACAUCUAACUUCAAUGGCCGGUUUUACUACCUGAUUCACCCCACCAAGCUGACCUACGACGAGGCGGUGCAGGCUUGUCUCAAUGAUGGUGCUCAGAUCGCGAAAGUGGGCCAGAUAUUCGCCGCCUGGAAACUUCUGGGAUACGACCGCUGCGAUGCGGGCUGGCUGGCCGAUGGCAGCGUCCGCUACCCCAUCUCCAGGCCGCGAAGGCGCUGCAGUCCUACCGAGGCUGGGGUGCGCUUCGCGGGCUUCCCAGAUAAAAAGCAUAGGCUGUAUGGCGUCUACUGCUUCAGAGCAUACAACUGAGCGUGCCCCUAGAGCACGCCAGUUCUAAAGUCAUUAAGAACAUGUGAAAGGUGGUUGUCGUUUGUUUUGUUUUUUUCAAUAUGAACUCAUGCAAGUUACCAAAACUGUGAUAACCCUUUUUUACUUACUGGAAAGAGUCAUUUUCAUAAAGGCCAAUUCAUUAAUUUGUUUUUGUAAAGCUAUCAUUCAAUAUAUAUUAUAAAUUAAUAUAAUUUUAAAGGAAGCGCUAGGUAAGGAGGCUGCAGAGCCGAACCGUUUAGGCUACAUCGUCGCAGUGAAGUAUCCUUUCUCGCCCGGGGCAGGCAAGAGCUUGAAGAUGGCUAGGAUCAACUGUAGCAAAGGACAGCACUCAGAGCAGCUUCCACAAGCACAAGUUUUACACAUUUGUACCCUUUUGAAAUGCACUACGAUAUACGAAUUAGAGCAACAGAUUUGAAAUACAGGCUUCUUUGCACGAACUGAGAUUCCGAGAGGUUGCGCAAAACUCAGUUUCACAAGGGAACAAUCUACACUUUUCUAAAAGAUAUUAUUUCAAGUCUCCGAUAAACACAAUGUGUUAGUCUUUAAAAUCCUGCCUUUUUGACCAAAAAAAAAAAUUCAUACGGACUCCAAUGCCUAGUAAAAGCACAGUUAAAACUCCUUAAUAAUCCCAUUUAUAUGAAGUACGAAACAUAAAUAAGCAGAUAAUAUUUAACCAAUCAGAGACUCCUAUCUUCUUUCAUUGAAAUGACACAUGCCUGAGAAGCAUCGCUCCAUAUCUGAGCAGCUUUACUGAGUGCUAUUUAAAUUCUAAGGGCGGUCUGCUAAGCAGCAUCGGCACCUACUCAGGGCAGUUAUAGAGAUAAACUGCUGGACAGAAAAAUUGUAAAAUUUAGCAGCUUGAUUUUAUGUUAGCCUAUGAAAUAUAUUGUCCUAUAAAAAUAACUUUAAACUAUUUAAUAUUUCCUUAUUUACCUUACAUGAAAAAAAUUUAAAUCACAAAAGGAAUGAAUAACUGUACACUUGCCUAACCAAGAAAUACAGACCGAACUUUCAAAAUUCCCAUUAUUUGUCUUUGUAUAUAUCCUAGAAAGCCCAACUGGUGCCUGUGUGGGGGGAAACUAGUGAACAAAGGCGUUCUAGACCUUCCUCCAUAUAGAAAACAUGGUCAAUGAUGUCACUUUCCUUGCUGGUCAUCAUUAGGCUGAAGUGAAACGUAGAAGCUCCCAUCAAAGAGUUUACACUAAAAUCUUUGGGGCUUUAAAUGAAAGGGUAAGGCCAGCUUCAGAAAAACAACUUUAGACAUUAGCAGCUCCAAUAUUAAAUAAAGCUCUGUUUUCCUAUAUUUUUAUGACUGUUGAGACCCCGCAGGGACCAAUAUUUGUAUUCAAAUUACAUUUCAUGGUUUCCCAUUGUUUCACAAUGAGUUCUAAUAAACGGGAUUUAGUAUAAUAAUCCAAGUAUGACAUAGCUGGUAUGUUUUCAUGAAUGUUUUUAUGUAGAUUUUCCUCCCAUGAACAUGAGUAAAUAAAUCUGUUUCCUGAAUUGAUUGUGGUUGCAUUUAAAGCUCUGUAAUAAUUCUAAUAAAUUACUCUAUAAAUAGAGAGUUACAUGUGUGGAAGGUA